AUGUCUCACCGAAACAAGUUCGAGGACGUGGAGUUGAUCAAAUCAGACAGCUGCCGCUUUGAGCAGGUGGUACGGCUGGAAGAAAAGCGAGGAAGCUGGGCGUCCAAGGUCGACUACAUCCUGUCUAUGAUCGGCUACUCCGUCGGAUUGUCGAACAUCUGGCGAUUUCCGUACCUGUGCUACCAAAAUGGUGGAGGCGCCUUCCUGAUUCCUUACAUAAUCUGCCUAUUCCUCUGCGGGGUGCCGUUAUUUUUCAUGGAGGUAUCGAUUGGGCAGUUCACGAGUCGAUCAGCUGCUACCAUGUGGUCCAUAUGUCCGUUGUUUAAAGGGGUUGGGUGGGCGACGGUCGUCAUAACGUUAAUAGUGAGCACCUAUUUCAACGUGUUGCUCGCCUACGGCAUCAGUUUUCUCUUUCAAUCGCUCACCACCGGCCCCCUGCCGUGGUCUCAUUGCGGCAAUCCGUGGAACACCGACAAAUGUCUGGACUACAACAACAAGACAGUUUAUGACCUAUUUCUGCAGUACAAACAAUGGACGAGCAACGGUUCCGCGGGAGUGAUGAACCCGGAUUACGAGACAUUUGUCAACGUCACGUACAGCUCUCCGUCAGAAGAGUUUUUCUAG